UGAGUUUUCUCCAAUGGACGGACGGACGCUGAGGCUGGAUCUCUUCCUUGUCUGAAUACCUGAGUAUUUGCAACCUUAAAGGAGAGGGCAGAAGUAAGGGCUUACAGAUUCAGGAAAGGUUCCCGCUCCCUCAGCUAAGAACAUCCAGUUUCUAUGAAAGCACUGUUAGAGGAAGAAGGGGCACUUUCCUUUUAUGUUCUCCUCGCCAAAGCCGACUGUUUCCUGGGAGGAAUUAAACCUGCGAGGUGGCCUCUGACUUGACCAAGGUAACAGAGCUGAUAAGCCAGGAUUCACUCUCAAGUGGUAGAGCGCUUGCCUAGGAAGUGCAAGGUCCUGGGUUCGAUCCCCAGCCCCGAAAAAAAAUAUAAAUAAAUAAAUAAAUAAAUAAAUAAAUAAAUAAAUAAAUAAAUAAAUAAAUAAAGGAGUUUAAAAAAAAAGACAGAAGCUGCCCUAUCUAAAGUCAUCUCCCAAGCUCUGGGGUCCCCACCCAUCUCUCAAACUGCACCCCUGCCUGGACCUAUGGCAUCCUUCUUCUUAGCUUCUUCUGGCCUGCAUCUAUUUCUGUGUCUGUCAGAGUGUCUAUGUUUCGGGACCAAGGUGUCCUGCUUACCUUUGUUUUGUGCUCGGUGACUCUAGGUAGAGUCAGUCCCUAGCAGUGCCAAGGCCGUCAGAUCCUCUCCUCUAGGACCAGAGUCUAGAGGAUAGAAAAGGUUCCCCUAGCGACCGCCUCCAGCCAAACUGAAACUGGGACAGAACUCUCACUCCAGAUGGAUCUAAACGCCUUAAAAUUCCCUUUCGUUCUAAUGGAGUCUGAGUAUGUUGAAGGUUUCCAGCCAAGGCAUGAGGUCUGCCCUCCAGCAUUACUGCUCAGAGCCAGCACCGUUCACCCUGUGUUCAUCCAGAAACUCUCCCUGAGCCACCCCUUAGGUGCCAGCUCUCCCCUCGGCAGAGGGUUCUAGGUAAGCAGGCAGUAAACACUGUCCAGGUGGUUCUGGAAAAUGCCGUGAAUCCUGUAGAACACUGCGGUGGAGGAACAGUGGUCUCAAAGCCUCCAGUCCACGAAGGUCCUGAAGUAAGAUUUCAUAUGUUCUCUCCUAAAGAGGUUAGGUAGGACUAAGCUCGCUAUUUUGUGCUUUUAAGUGUUCAUUUGUUAAACACUGAGAAAACAUUACAGCUUUCCACCUCUAUUUGGCAGCUUGCUUUCUAAAUACCGCCCUCCCAUGUCCAAAAACAAUUUGAAGAAGACAGAUCUCCCUCUAAGAAGCUCUGAUGUACACCUUCUCGAAGUAAAGGCCAGAGAAGAGAGCGACUGUAGAAAGGCUGGCAGGAAGAGUAUAGAAAGCAAGGAGCUGGGGUUCAGCUAAAACUCCCGAUUCCGGUCCCUCUGAAAGAGUUCUGUCCUCUCUGCCCACGGUCUCUCCUCCAACUGCUCCAGGAGCAGCGAGGGCCAAGCCUUAAAAGAGAGACAGGCCCGGACUGGCAAAGGAGGCGAAAAGGCGGUGCAAUCGGCCAGCCUGGGAUCUGGAGUUAGACGCUAAGGCUUCUCGCUCUCUCCCAAGGGCCAGAAUCUUUGUUCAACACCAGACUCCAAGCCAGUGACCCUCUGGAUCUCCCCGGCUCACUCCCGCUGCCCCCUGCAAAGUCAGCGUGGUGAAACCUCCAGGACCCUGGCGCGGCGGAAGCAGCGCGUCCCCUCCCUCGGGAAAGACAGAUGUGGGGCUAAUGAAAGGGAGGCAGGGAGAGGCGUGGGGCUGGCGGGGGAGAGCGGGGGCGUGGCGGCCAGAGCGGAGCUCUCCAGAGCGCGCAGACCAGACCACCCCGCGGUCUGCCGCGCGGUCCCGAGGAGGAAGGUUCGGGGGAGAGGGGCCGGGCUGGGGCGCGCAGUUUGGCCCUAGGGUGGGGAGCUGAAACUCAACACCGCCUCGGGAAGGAUCGUCCCCUUUCUCUGCAGCUUCCCCUUCCCCCUUCCUCCUCCCCCUUCUCUUAAUCCCCUGGACUGAGCCCCUCGCGAGAGGAGUGGGCCCGAGGGGAGGGGAAAGAGCUUGCUGCGGGGAGCCGGAGCUCGGGCAGGGGAGGGAAAGGGGCGCCGAGUACAAGGGGUGAGCGGGGGCCACGAGCGACCCCGGACCUUUUCUAACCUUCAGUGUCCCCACCUCGACCCUAGGCAAGCCCAUAGAACUGCCCUUCCCCUUCUCUGUUCCCUUUGCUCUGUGGCCUUUUUCUUCGUUCCCCAAUACACCUGGAGCUUCCCCAAGCUUUGGGACUCGCCGAGCGCCGGGUCCAGGGUGUGUGAACGGGGACUUCGGUCAGUGGGGUGCCCGGGGCAGAGGGUGGUGCGCGCCCUUGAGCGCUGAGACCCAGAGGUGCCUCGCGGCCACCUCCAAGACCUGGCUGUGCUGAGCAGUGUGGCGGGGAGAGCCCGCCUCGGCGGGGGCCUGGGCAGACGGCCCAGCUCCACCGCCACGCGCUCUUAGGCCUUUGGCUCCGGCCUUUGCGCUGACUUGAGCGAGUUUGGCGACACUCGGUUCAGUUGUCGCUCCUCCUCCUUCCCCGCGGGUCCCGCCGCAGUGCCCCGGCUGCCAGGACCACAGCCCUGGGAGCACAGCUCUGCGCCGCUGGGGGAGGGUUGGCCCCUAGAGUCGCUCGUCCAGCUUAACCACUCAGGCGGCUUCUCCCAGCCCUCGGGGUUAGCCUGAGCUGCCUGGAGAGGCGUCGAAAGCAGCCACAGCUCCUGUCUCUUAGGCUGGGAAGUGAGCUUUACCCCAUGUGUGUUCAGGAGGCCUUUGCGACUUGAGGCAGCAGCUGUGGGGGCCUGCAGCCCCGAAAGACCCUGGGGACAGUUUAGAGCGCGCCCCUUGGAUGAGGUCCCGCAGCGACGCCCAGGCCCGCCCUACUCCUCCUCCUGCUUGGCCAAGCUGCCUCCUAUUUGGAAAGUUUUGUGGGUUUUCUUUCUCUUCCUCCAACUUUGGGGGAGGCAUCUCCUCAAGCGCUACAGCUUGGGGUGACCUUCUGGCUUGGAGGCCGGGAACCAUGGUGUGGGGCACCCAUCGCUGAGGUCAGAGAAACUGAGCCUAGCCUGAAGCAGGCGACCCUGGAGGCCAGAGCCAUGGCCAUUGCCACGUCGGCCCAGCUUGCCCGGGCACUGUACGACAACACGGCUGAGUCCCCCCAGGAGCUGUCCUUCCGCCGAGGGGAUGUUCUACGGGUACUGCAGAGGGAGGGCGCUGGUGGACUCGAUGGUUGGUGCCUUUGCUCCCUGCAUGGCCAGCAGGGUAUUGUCCCUGCUAACAGAGUGAAGCUCCUUCCUGCUAGCCCAGCACCCAAGCCUAGCCUCUGCCCAGCACCUCCCACCCAACCGGGCUGCUCAUCAUGCCCCACCCCAGAGCGCGGCUGUGAGGAGCAGGAGGUGUAUGUGAUACCACCACCAGCUCGACCCUGCUCUGCCUCAGGACUUCCAGCUAGAUCCUGUUCGCCCUCUUCCGACUCCAUCUACAAGGUCCCCAGAGUCAAUGGGAUACAGCUGACUGCCCCCAGAGAUGUGGGAGAGGUCUAUGAUGUGCCUCCCAACAUCCUCCGGGCUCCCUCCAAUUGCCCCUAUGAUUCCCCAGCCUCCUUUUCCUGUCCUGCGACCCCAGUUGUCCCACAGCCCCCUGGAGAGGAUGAAGCUCCCUAUGAUGUGCCUCUGGCCCUGAAGUCACCUGCAGAGAUGGAGCCUGACCUGGAGUGGGAAGGGGGCCGGGAGCCAGGGCCUCCCCUUUACGCUGCCCCUUCCAACCUAAAGCGGGCCUCUGCCCUGCUCAACCUGUACGAAGCACCUGAAGAACUACUGGCAAACGGAGAAAGCCGGGAUGCAGAUGAAGGCAUCUACGAUGUGCCUCUGCUGGGGCCAGAGCCACCGUCACCAGAGCCCCCAGCAGCUUCUUCCUCCGCCGACCCGGACACUGUGGCCCAGCUUCUGACCAGAAGCCCUCCACCCCAACAUAGGCCCAGACUACCAUCCACUGAGAGCCUGUCCCGCCGCCCUCUGCCUGCCCUCCCGGUCUCUGAGGCUCCUGCUCCUUCUCCAGCACCUUCUCCUGCCCCAGGCCGAAAGGGCAGUAUCCAGGACAGGCCUCUUCCCCCUCCCCCGCCCUGCCUGCCCGGUUAUGGGGGCCUCAAACCGGAGGGAGAUCCAGAGUGCAGGGAGGUAGACAGUGAUUCAGGAGGCCCUCACAAUGAAUAUGAAGGCAUCCCAAUGGCCGAGGAAUAUGACUAUGUGCAUCUGAAGGAAGCCCUGUCCCCAGAGGAGCCACUGGUCCUGUCCACUGGAGAUCUACAGCUUCUGCACUUCUAUGCGGGGCAAUGCCAGAGCCACUACUCAGCUCUACAGACUGCUGUGGCAGCUCUCAUGUCCAGUACCCAGGCCAACCAGCCGCCAUGUCUCUUUGUGCCCCACGGCAAACGAGUGGUGGUGGCUGCCCACCGCCUGGUAUUUGUUGGGGACACCCUAGGCCGGCUGGCAGCCUCUGCACCUCUCCGAGCACAGGUGGGGGCUGCAGGUACAGUGCUGGCCCAAACCUUGCGGGCCACUGUGCUUGCUGUCAAGGGGGCCGCCUUAGGUUACCCAUCUGACACUGCGGUCCAAGAGAUGGCGCGAUGUGUGGCAGAGCUUGCAGGGCAGGCCCUACGCUUCACCACCCUACUCGCUGGCCUGCUCCCCUGAGGGCCUGUUUGUCCAGCCUUACCCUCCCUGCCUGCCAGAGCCCUGCGCUCCGGCUAGAGGUUCAUCUCUUGGUCAUUUUAGCCACCCACCGAGGCAUCUCUUCCCCCAUACCUACUGCUUUUUGUAUGAGCCAUUUUGUAUAAAUUAUUUAUAUUUAAUAUUUCUUGCUUUGUCCAGGCAGGCAGCAGGCCAUCUGGGGUAGGGAGGGACUGGAUUCUCCUCAUCAUCCUGGGUGGAGGUCGCUGUACUGCCUUCUGCCUUUGGGAGUUUGGAACACAGAAAAUCAGGAGGCUGAAACUUGGCACCACCACACUGAGCCUCUCUCCUGUAUCUUGGCUGAAGAUGACAAUGUUAAGAGCCUGGGAAACACUGGAGAGCUUCUCCCCUCACAAGUCAGGAAAGCAUGGCAUGCACCUCAAUAAAACCUGCCUUAUGGUUCCUGA